GUUUCCGGCGUCGGCGGCCGCGGCCGGGGACGGUGUGAGAGCGGUAAGAUGGCGGCUGCGGCGGUGGUGGAGUUUCAGAGAGCCCAGUCUCUACUCAGCACUGACCGGGAGGCCUCUAUCGACAUCCUCCACUCCAUAGUGAAACGUGACAUUCAGGAGAAUGAUGAGGAGGCAGUGCAGGUCAAAGAGCAGAGCAUCCUGGAACUGGGGUCUCUCCUGGCGAAGACUGGACAAGCUGCAGAGCUUGGAGGACUCCUGAAGUAUGUGCGACCCUUCUUGAAUUCCAUCAGCAAGGCUAAAGCAGCUCGUCUUGUCCGAUCUCUUCUUGAUCUGUUUCUUGAUAUGGAAGCAGCUACAGGGCAGGAGGUUGAGUUGUGUUUAGAGUGCAUCGAAUGGGCCAAAUCAGAGAAAAGAACUUUCUUACGCCAGGCUUUGGAGGCGAGACUGGUGUCUUUGUACUUUGAUACGAAGAGAUACCAGGAAGCAUUGCAUUUGGGUUCUCAGCUGUUGCGGGAGUUGAAAAAGAUGGAUGACAAAGCCCUUUUGGUGGAAGUACAGCUCUUAGAAAGCAAAACAUACCAUGCCCUGAGCAACUUGCCGAAAGCUCGAGCUGCCUUAACCUCCGCUCGAACCACAGCAAAUGCCAUCUACUGCCCCCCUAAAUUGCAGGCCACCUUGGAUAUGCAGUCGGGCAUUAUCCAUGCAGCAGAGGAGAAGGACUGGAAAACUGCAUACUCAUAUUUUUAUGAGGCAUUUGAGGGUUACGACUCCAUUGAUAGCCCCAAGGCCAUCACAUCUCUGAAGUACAUGUUGCUGUGCAAAAUCAUGCUCAACACCCCAGAAGAUGUCCAGGCUCUGGUGAGCGGGAAGCUUGCACUUCGCUAUGCCGGGAGGCAGACAGAAGCGUUAAAAUGUGUGGCCCAGGCUAGCAAGAACAGAUCACUGGCGGAUUUUGAAAAGGCGCUGACAGAUUACCGGGCAGAGCUCCGGGAUGACCCAAUCAUCAGCACGCACUUGGCCAAGCUGUAUGACAAUUUACUGGAGCAGAACCUGAUCCGAGUCAUUGAGCCUUUUUCCCGGGUACAGAUUGAACACAUAUCUAGCCUCAUCAGACUCUCCAAGGCCGAUGUGGAAAGGAAAUUAUCACAGAUGAUUCUUGACAAGAAAUUUCAUGGGAUCUUGGACCAGGGGGAGGGUGUCUUGAUUAUUUUCGAUGAACCCCCAGUAGAUAAGACUUACGAAGCUGCUCUGGAAACAAUUCAGAACAUGAGUAAAGUAGUGGAUUCUCUCUACAACAAAGCCAAGAAACUGACAUAGAGUUGGAUCUGUAGCGGUCCUUUGGAGAGUGUGUGUGGCGGGAGAGUGAAACCUUUGGGGAAAAUGCUAGGAGAUUCGUUUUUUUUUUUUGUUCUACUUUUCGCUCGGAAAGUUUUUAAAUCCUCAUUUGGUGCAUCUGUAUUCCAACCAAUAGGUGUGCCAGUUUUCAUGUAAUCUUUACUGGCCCAACUUGGGAGUGGGGACAUUGCUUAAAAAAAAAAGAAAAAGAAAAAAAAGGAUAUUCUAAAUAAAAGGAAAAAGGCUUACACUACCUACAGCUGUGCUCUCUGCCUCCUGGGCGAGGGCCGCCCGCCGGGCGCCCCACCAGCCGCAGGGGCUCCUGACCCACCUGCUGGGCUCCGCCUCUCUUCCUCUUCAGAAUUGGGUGUUUGCCUAACCAUCGAAGCAACGACUUUUUAUUCUGUUUGUACUGAACCAAAACAACUGUGUAUAGACUGCUAGUUUCUUUUUUUAUUUGAAAUGAGGCGUUUUGGUGUUCUUUCCCCUGUCAUACGGCCUGUCCACCCAACUUUCCUCAACAAUGGCCCCAGCAGACUGGCCGAAGUCCUGCCGCCGCUGCAGCGCAGCUCCACGCCGACCUGUGCAGGAACGGGGAGGAGGCCAGGAGCUGGUGUCCGCCAGGCCACACGGGGGCGGCGUGGGCCCUCCAGGGGCCUGCUGUGCAUGCGGCCCUUUUUAACACAGUGAACUAGAUUAGACGUCGGCGUUUUAAUUGCCCCUCUCCUCUGCUCUUCCCCCCUUCCCCCUCUCUACCAGGAGACCCUCACAGGUCUCCCUCCCUUCCUCCUGCCCCCUGUGGGGAAGUCAGGCUGUCCGACAUCCAUUAGCUUCUCUCCCUGUCACGCUCCUCCUCUCCCCUGCUGGCAGAUGGGUUUGCUCCUUUUUUAAACAGUGAGUAUUGGGAAUGAGACUUGGGAGUGGGUUUUUUUUUUAAGUCUUGUUGGGUUUUUGAGCAGCCUCAUGUCCCCUUCCCAGGGAGCUUUAUUUACCUCUUAGAAAUGGAGGGAUGGGGGGCACUGGGUGGCAGCCAUUCGUUACCACGAAACGACAAGGCGUCGCGCUCGGCGCCGGUUCCUUCCUCCUCUCGUCUCUGCCCUUCUCCCGCCUCCUCCUCCUUGCUGGCCUCUUUCACCUUUCCUCCCCUUUCUCAGAGUAUCCUUCCAGGUUUCGGAAUAAAUUUAUAUUUUGUAAAAGGAUUUUGUUGUACUGGGUUUGGCAUCCUCACUGAAUCUGACUGCCUUUUAUUUUCCUCUCCAAAAUCAAGUUUUUGUUCUCAGCGUCUCUCCCCAUCAUGUCCAGUCACUGUUUUGGUUUUGGCACCAUCACUAUCAAAUGUACAAACGGUUCUUGCUAACCAACACCAGGUAUAUCUGAUGUUCAGAUGAGUUCCAAUAAAAACAUUUUUUUUUUCAAAAA